CGGUCCGGUCUCUCUUCCUCUAUCAAUCUCUCUCCCUUUCUCGUCCACGUCUCGCCUACCACCAGUCACGACCCUCUAUCGCGCGCGCCUCGGCGCCUCUGUCCUCCUCCGGUGCCAAUGCCGCAGUACCGACUGCUUUCCGCGGAAGGUGGAAACCCGUGUAACACGAGCGUAUAUAGAUUUUCAAUUAGUCAAGGGGCGGCAGCAUAGGAAAUUAUGUGUCGCGUGUCACCGCGAGCCGCCGCGAAUACUUGAAGCGCGCGCCUUCCUGUCGUCCUCGAUUGAAAUUUGGGUUCCGCGCGGCGAAGCCGCGCGCGUUUUCCCGUUCCUCGGGAUCUCGAUCGAUCGAUCUCUGUGAUCCAAGGGGGAAAAAGGAGUUUUGAGUGUUUGUAAUCAACGUUUGUGGACUUACGUAUAUGUAUGUAUACGAGUGGGAGCGAUGAGACGAUGAUGACUCGUCGUUCCGAGUUAAAAGAUAGGUCAAUCUUCCGGUUGCCAUAUCGCGCCGCGCCGCGUUAAGCGCAUCAUCACCGUCGGAUUAUCCCCGACGAGAUCUCGGAGAACCAGAGGGAAUCACUCGCGGGUGAGCGAGGAUGCUGCGCGCGGCCUUCGUCGUCCUAUUGCCACGGCUCCUCGUAUUGUCGUCGCUGCUCAUCCAUUCAGGCGUCGUCGUCGUCGUCGUCGCCCUACGCAUGACGUCUCUGCAGAUACCGGAGCACGUCAUCCUAAACGAGACGGUGCGCAUGCAGUGCAACUUCAACUUGGACAAAGAGCAAUUGUACGCGGUGAAGUGGUACAAGGACGGCCACGAAUUUUAUCGCUACACGCCCAAAGACAAGCCCAGGUCGCUAACGUUUCCGCUUCGAGGUGUAAACGUGAACAGGUUACAGUCCAACCAAACCGUGGUCGUCCUGAACAACGUGAAUCUGAGGAGUUCGGGGAGGUAUCGCUGCGAGGUGUCGGGCGAGGCUCCCGCCUUUGAGACGGUCUCCGAUCACGGAGACAUGACUGUAGUCGUUCUACCUAACGAAGGACCGCAGAUAACCGGCGGUCGUCCCAAGUAUCAGGUGGACGAUGUCGUUCGUAUGGACUGCACGUCGGCGCCUUCUAAACCAGGCGCGCUAUUGUCUUGGUUCAUCAACGACGAGCCGGCGGACCCCGAGUAUCUGAGAGGGCCCGAAAUCGUCGUCGACGACAAUGGCCUGGACGUCGCGACACUCGGUCUGGAAUUUCGCGUCGAGAACAAGCACUUCAGGCAGGGCGACAUGAAGCUAAAGUGCUUGGCCACAAUAGCCACGGUGUACAAGCAGAGCAACGAGGAGAGCGUGGUGGGCGACGAGAGCGUUCUGAAAACGUCUAUAAUGGAAAGCCGCGAGACCAGGGCGCAGAGCCACAUUCGCGAGGAUCUGACGGACGGAACCGCGAGCAUCGCAGUCGAGUGGACGAUCUUCGUCGUCGGCCUCGUCCUCCUCACAUCGAUCGCCAUCGCGUGAUAAUUAACGAAGAAUCGUUUUCCUUUCUUCCCCAAUCCACCCUCACGUUGCUUCCUAAUCAUGUAA